ACCACUUGUACUCCACAAAUCUCAUCAAAACUUCACCAGAUCUGCUAUCCCCUCAUCUGCUUGAACCGUCCAGCUUUUAAUAUUUAUAGACUCCUCAGUUCAAUCCAUCCCAUUCUUCAUAUCCUUUCUCAUACUUCCUCAUCCUCCUCGUUUUUCUUCUUUCUUCAUAAUACCUAAUCACAUACUUCUCACUUCUCCACAAUAUCCUCAAUCAUGCAUUCCAACGAGAUACCAAGUAAAGAUGGCGAGAAAUAUGUAGUCGUCAAGGUCGAGAAGGAUGCUACCACUUCCACCCAAGCAUCAAGCGAUGCAGGAAAGGACGAAGAUAUCAAAUGCCCAGAGAUCUUGUACAAAGUCCAGUAUAAGGAUGUAGGCGGUGAAAUCAAAGGAACAAAGGAGUUGGCAGCACCAUAUAAGUUGAAGAAAACCACAUAUCGUGAUUCAGAAAUACCUAUUCUAGAAGUCUUAUACAGUGUUACUAUUUGGUUCCCUACCAUCUAUGGCAAGAAAAAGAAUAAGAAGGACAAGGAUGAUGAAAAUGUGAUAUCAUCAGAGAUGAAAGACGAAAAUGACUUCGACGAACGAUCUAUGGAAGAGAAAGAACUCAUUAUUCAUUCUCCACACAUCAUGAAAGCCUUAAGAUCCAUUGUCGAAUACUAUCCCGGACAAUCUUUACUCGGUGACACUAUUUCAAUCAAGGAACCUUACGGGAUUCUUGUCCAUUACCGAAAGGAACUUCAAGAAUACAAAGAGAAUUGUGACGAUGCGGAAGCCAGUCACCAUAUCAGCGUUCUUCAGAAGUAUCUUGAGGAUAACUUUGAAGAGAAGUUAAAGUUGGAGGAUGACCGACAUGCUAGAGCUAAUCCAGUAGUAACGUUUGAGAUGUUAUGGAUGCUGUUCAAGCCAGGAAUGGAUGUCUACGCUCAAUUCGACGAGCAACGCGCUGGUUUCGUUCUUCAAGGAUGUGAAAACUCCACAGAGAACACCAGACCAGGACAGCCAUCACCUCUCAAAGUUAAGAUGUGGUAUCUAGAUUUCGAUGGCCGAUUCGUUGGACGUCGAUCUCAUGAGGUCACCAUCGCGCCGUUUGAAGGCGAGCGCGAAGUCACAUCCUUAAAGGUUAUUCCUGCCCAUUAUAUCGAUAGCAACUCUGCCCUAUCUCCACGAAAACAACUCGAAGAUCGUGGAGAGAAAUUCUACAGUAUGUUGAUGGGUAAACAAAUGGACUACAGAGGUUUCAGUAUGCCCGUUGAGCAAAAGCCAAAACGUUUCCAUGAGGGUCGUGUUGUGGUUGAUCAAAGUGCCUUCUACACAUACGCCGAUUGGCAAGAAACACAGAAACACCCAGCUCCAGUCCUCGGUAUCGAUGAUGACGAUUCUGGUAUUCUUGCAGAUUUGCACUAUAACUGCAAUUGUACAGAUUGUAAUUCUAAACGACUAGCUGCAUCAGCCAAUACAAGAUGGGGCAAAUACGAAAAUAUCGAACCUCGCGAAACACCUUCGCUUGCCGAAACCGAUGCAAAUGGAAUUGUUUCACGACACAAGUACUUCCUCUGUCCUCGUCGUAUCAUGGGUUUCGAUCUCAAGUCUAAGAAAUGGCAAGCUCUCGACGUCGAUUGUUGUCAACCUCCUAAAUUCUACACUUCGGCUAUCGAAAAUCUAGUUCUACCAAACGAAAAGCAGGAAAUGAUCAAAGCCCUCGUUCACAAAUACACUUCCUCCAAGAAAGCUGGCAGAAGCGAAACAACCUGGUCAGCUGAUCCUAUCCCCAACAAAGGAGAAGGGCAAAUCUUCUUAUUGCACGGUCCUCCCGGUGCUGGUAAGACCUACACCGCAGAAUGUGUAGCCGAAUUCACAUCAAGACCUCUCCUCUCACUCACCUGUGGUGACAUCGGAACUGAUGAAUUCCGCGUCGAAGAAUCCCUCAGCAAAUGGUUCAAACUAGCCGAAAUCUGGGGCGCCGUCAUGUUAAUCGACGAAGCCGAUGUGUAUCUCGAGCGUCGUGAAGUUUCCGAACUCACACGUAACGGACUCGUAUCUGUCUUUUUACGAGCGAUGGAAUACUACAGAGGUAUUCUCUUCCUCACUACAAAUCGCGUGGGACACUUUGAUCCAGCUUUCUUCUCUCGUAUCCACGUGUACAUUGGUUACCGCCCUCUAGACUGCGAAGGCCGUAAGAGAAUCUGGCUUCAAUUUUUCACCAAGCUAGGAUUAGAACGCGGACAUGAAAUCACCAUCAUGAGUGCUGCGAAGCGCUACAUCCUCUCAGAUGAGGUACUCAAAGAUAUUGAUUGGAAUGGUCGUGAGAUCCGCAAUGCGUUCCAAACCGCAGUUGCACUAGCCGAAUAUGAAGCAGAGACAAAGAAGGGGCCAAACGAGGAUGGAAAAGUGGAAGUGGAAUUGAGAAGGGAUCAUUUCGAGAAGGUGGUAGAGAUGAGUGAUAACUUUAAGAAAUAUUUGGCGACGGUCGGAAGUGAUGAGGUGGCUGGACAGAGCGAGAUGACGAAGGCAAAGCUUAAUGGGGAUAGAGGUGAUGAUGCGCUUUUGUAAGCAAGGGAAUUUAGGAGUUGAGGGCUUUUGUUGGGUAUAUACUAGCGUUAUAACAAUCUCAAAUGGAUUGAGUCUCUCAAAUUUGCUGAAAUUUCAAAUCAAGUGAAAGAUUAGCCUGAAGAUUUGAAUGAAAUUCUAAUUCUUUGACUUUGCCGAUAUGAAAACACAAGCUCUCAUUCAUAUAGUGUACCCAUUAUCAAACAUAUCUAUCACAUCUGACCCCAAUGAUAUAAUAAAAAAGCGUUUUACUCGGAACGCCUAUCAACGACUCUCAAGUGGGGGCUCAACAAAACUACCGGUAUAUUACUACUACGUCGAAAGCGCCUUUUCCUGUAAACGCAAGAAUCGCGAAGUGUUUGAAUCUUCUCGCAAGCAAAAAUUGACACCUAAAGCUAGUUCAGUUUUUCAAAACAACUAUGGCUUUGGCAAGUAUCACUGGUUCUAAGCCUAUCUUCUCCAAAGGUUCCGCGGCGAAUUUACUUGUGAAUUUCUUAUAGCGGAUCGUCGCUUGCGAGACUGAGUCUGCAUUCUUUACCGCCUCUUCAGUAAAUGCUUGAAUUGCAACGUGCAAACAGUAUUGGACGACACGGCCUUCUUUGGUCGGACUUUUGGUCGGCGCCUCGAUCACUUCGACGUCCAUGGUUUGUGGAUCGAACAGAGUACCAGGUACAUAGUUACUAGCUCAUACCGCUCGGGAGUAAGCACCGCGUGUGCUUUCAGAAACGAAGAGUUAAGCGCCGGGUUAUAUGAGUAUUCGCUUACCUUGAGUUGCGAUAAUAUUCUUGUAUGUCGCGAGUAAGCUCAGACUCUUGGGGCUCUGCUCGAAAUUCGGAAAGGUGGAUUCGAAUACCCAAGUACAGACAGCGGCUUCUACCAAAGUUUCAAUGACGGAGUAUGGCGGACGGUUUGAUAUCAAGGCUGCAGCUUGUUCUUUGCUUAUACGCGUCUGGUCAGCCAACCCGAACCCAAACGAAAAGAGCGCACUCAAAUCAACUGGGACUUCAGAAUCAGGGAUUUUGAGGGUGGCGUCAUCGUCGCAACCACCAAGUAUGUUCUUCAUAAGACGUCUCAUGAUUGGAAUCUUCCUUUCAAUCUGCAUUUCAUUUCGAGAUUGGGUUUGUCUUCCCGCUACUUUGGUGAAUGUUCCCAUUGUUCGACAGCUAUCUUUCGCUGCUUUUAGAUGUUCAAUUUCUUGAUGUACAGUAACCGCGCACAGCUGUUCGUCGGUUUCAAAAAUCACACCAAAAAUGAUUAUUUU